GCUGCGAGCCUAAUUGCUAGUAAUUGGAAAAUGGCCGCCAGUACAGAGGAGGUGACAAUCGACUCUAUAUUUGAGAAGGGGGUGGCUGGAUCGAAUGUGAAGAGGGUCAAUGAUCUCAUUGUACUUGCUCUACACGCUAGUCUUCUUUCUGAGGGAUUUAGUUGUCUGUCAGCAAGUGAACAUGGUUUUCAAUCUGGUGAUGUCCGAAGUGAGCCUAUAGCUACUCCCACGAACCCAUCACUACCUGAUGGAUGGAAUGAAUCCAGUGAUGCUUAUGUGUUGCAGUAUAAAGAUGAUAAGACUAAUGUCAAGAGUCUGAUUAAGAUAUUGCCUUUGGGGGAUCAACUACUGAUUAAUACAAUAUCUUCUGAUAAGACUGAUGAUGUCCACACUAUCACUCUUCCCACGUCUGGUUACAUAAAAGAGAAACCCGAUGAGCCUGUUUCGAUAACCAGUUUAAAGAAUAUCAUUCGGUUGUUUUCCGUGCUACACAAGGAGGUCAUUGAGAAAUUGAAAAAGAAAGAAUCCAAAGAAGCUAAAGAUGAUAAACAAACUAAUCCAAAAAGAGAAGACAUUAGAAAUCCUUCACUUCUUGAAGAUGACAGGAGACAAGGGAUACCGGGCUUUAGACCAGAUUUGAUGGGAAGUGGUAGACAUCCAUUCGAAAUAGGAAGGGGAGAUCUCUCACCAUUUGGUGGUCCAGGUGGUGGAAUGAUAAUGGAUCCUUUUAGAGGAAGUGGCGGAGCCUUUGGCCCACCCAUGGCUGGCUUCCCCCCUCCUAGGUUCCAUCCGCCAGGUGCUAGGUAUGAUCCAGUCUCGCCUUUUGGACCACCAAGGUUUCAUCCUGGUCGUGGCCCUAGGGGAGGUGGUGGUCUUGGUCUGGGUUUAGACCAUAGUCAGUAUGGGCACGGUCCUGAUCCUGACCAUUUACCUCCUCCUGGAUAUGAUGACAUGUUUUCUUAGACUCUCACUCUGUCUCUGUCUGUCUCUCCCUCUCUCUCUGUCUCUGUCUCUGUCUGUCUGUCUGUCUCUGUCUCUGUCUCUCUCUCAUUUUUCUGUGCUAUAUAUGUUGUGUUAUGUCCAAAUUAUUGUCUUGCAAUUAUUAUUACUGUCCUCUUAUUAUUAUUAUUAUCAGGGUUAUAUUUAUUGUGCACAGCUUUGUUCAGCAA